AGGAAAAAGUAUCUGGAAAUGCUAGAAGAAGUGGCUAAGAAGCGAGUGGAGCCUCGUGCAGGUCCAGCACCUCUCGUCCUCACAGGGGCGGUGCAGUGGGCGCCUCCUCCCCUCACUCAGCAGCAUGUACACGGCUGGAGGGUGCGGGGCUCGGCACUUGUGCUCCUGGCUGCGGUGGGAUCAGUGUGUGGGACAGGAGCAGAGGAUGUGCAAGUAGUGGAGAGGACGGAGCUCAUACUCAGCAGCAACUGGACUCUCCCUGGCUUGAGUCAGCAGAACAAGCUUUGAAUAUCCAUCCUUGGGGAGUCUCUGUGAAGAUGUGGAGCUGCUUUGCUCGACAGAGCAUUUACCAUUUCUUCUGGAAAGAGUGGUUGCCUAAAUGAAGAAAGCCAAUGUAUCAGGAAAUGGCAUUACUGGCAGGGAAAGCAGAGGCCGACUUUACCUCCUUUAGGAUUAAAAACGUUGACAACCUAUGUGAAGUGCGGACCAGGAAAGGAGUCUUCUACAAAACAGCUAAGCUCCUCAGGCCUGGAGAGGAGAGACGUUAUAAAGGCCAAGUGGAGGAUAGAAUGCGACAUGUCAUCAUCAACGUAGGGGGCAUAAAGUAUCGGAUCCCAUGGACUACACUAGAAGACUGUCCACUAACACGGCUGGGGAAACUGAAGGCUUGUAACAACUAUGAUGAGUUCAUGGAUGUUUGUGAUGAUUAUGACAUCAAUUGCAAUGAGUUCUUCUUUGAUCGUAACCCAUGUGCCUUUAGGACUAUUAUGACUUUUCUGGCCGCCGGGAAGCUAAGGAUACUGAGAGAGAUGUGUGCCCUAUCUUUCCAGGAAGAACUUAUAUACUGGGGGAUUGAGGAAGAACAAUUGGAGUGGUGCUGCCUUAGAAAGCUGCAGCAAAAGGAGGAGGAAUUGGCUGAGGCUAAGAUGUACGAAGGGGAAUAUGGCACCUCCAAGGAGAAUUCGCAAAGUGCCUUGCAGGACAGUGGGCGUUUAGCCCAGUGCAUGAAGCAUCUCAGGGACAUGGUAGAGAACCCUCACUCAGGGAUUCCUGGGAAAAUCUUUGCUUGUUUGUCAGUUUCUUUUGUGGCAAUCACAGCAGUAAGCCUCUGUAUAAGCACCAUGCCAGAUUUCAGAGACGAGGAGGAUAGGGGAGAAUGUUCACAGAAGUGCUACAAUAUUUUUGUACUAGAGACAGUUUGCGUUGCUUGGUUUUCCUUGGAAUUCAUCCUACGCUUUAUCCAGGCUGAGAGCAAGUGUGUAUUCUUAAGAACGCCACUCAACAUAAUUGACAUGAUGGCCAUCUUGCCUUACUACAUUACUCUAAUAGUGGAUUCACUUUCAACUGAAAAAAGUGGAGGAACGGGAAACAAGUACCUGGAAAAGGUGGGCCUGGUUCUUCGUGUACUCCGGGCUUUGCGCAUCUUAUAUGUUAUGAGGCUAGCCAGACAUUCUCUUGGGUUGCAAACACUUGGCCUCACAGUAAAAAGAUGCACAAGAGAAUUUGGACUCCUCUUACUUUUUUUGUGCGUUGCGAUGGCCUUGUUUUCUCCUCUUGUUUAUUUGGCCGAGAAUGAACUUGGUGCCAAACAAGAGUUUACCAGUAUCCCCGGGAGUUACUGGUGGGCAGUAAUCUCCAUGACAACUGUGGGCUAUGGGGAUAUGGUUCCACGAAGCAUUCCAGGACAGGUAGUGGCAUUGAGCAGCAUUCUAAGUGGAAUAUUACUUAUGGCGUUUCCAGUCACCUCCAUAUUUCACACAUUUUCUCGUUCUUAUACUGAACUGAAAGAACAACAGCAAAGAGCAAGCAGACAACUACACAGACUAGAAGAAAGGGAGCAGUGCGCUAGUUUGGAUUAGGCCAUCCUCUAAGUAAUUUAAAGGGGUACUCUGGCCCUAAGACAUAAGGGACCCCCGCUAUCUCGCAUGCAGCACCCACCUAUGGGAGCUGCAGCCUUGGAGUCUGCCGGGUCAUGACUACAGGGCCGGAGUAUCGUAACGUCACGACUCCGCCCCCGUGUGACAUCAUGCCCCGCCCCCACAAUGCAAGUCUAUGGGAGGGGGCGUGACGGCCGUAUGGGUAGGGGAUAAGAUGUCUUAGGGCCGGAGUACCCCUUUAAUAUUUUAUGGGGGGGGGGGGAAACGAGGGCCUAAACCUAAACAGGUAACAGCAUUUUAACUGGAUUAGGACUUAGUAUACACUUGGAGAUGAUAAAAAGUUGUAGACAAUUUAUUGAUUACAUUGUUCUUUUUUUGUUGUUGAAUUUUGUACUAUUUAAAAUUUGUCAAAGGAUUGGGUUCCAUAGUACUUAAUAAAGAAUUAUGCUUAGCUACACUAGAUUCUAGUGUAAAAAAAUAUAUAUUUCCAACAAUUUUUUCCAACAAUUUAUAGAACCGGACUAAGUUUGGCACCUGCCUUGUGAAUUCCGUUUUUCUGUUCAAUCAUUGGAUCAGAAAAAUUGCAUUCAAUUCACAAUGGAUCUGGUUCCAUCAUGAUGUCUGUGGAUUUGGCGGGACAAAUAGUGCUGCAUGCUGUGCUAGGCUUCCUGUCAAAGGUAACGGGAUCGGCAGUGGAGGCUCUGAAUGCAAAUGUGAACUGAGCUUUAGCUGCGCUAUUAUAUAAGAGAAUAUUAAUCUAAUAUUUCAUGGUCAUUUGCAAAACUUGUUUUUGUUUUUAAAGCUUUAAUGUAAAAUUUAAACAUAUUACGCUUAAUAUAUUUGUAUGUGUAAUUCUGUAAAUAAAUUUAUAUUUUUACUGGCUACAAAAUAGUUCUUCCUAUAUGAAAUAAAAUAAAGUUUAAAAAAGAAGUAAGAUAUCU